GGGCGCCUUCACUUUUCCUCCCUCCAUCACUAGCAUAACAUCUAUUAACUUGGGUACGUGGAUAGAAUUGGACCCGCAAUAUGGUACUCGGCUGCUCCCCUUGCUGCAGUCGGACUGGCUACCAGCAAAUAGGGAACACAGGGCCGCGAUUCGGAGUGCGACAUCUGCAAUGCAUUCUGGUCUUCUUUGGCCUGGCCGUGGCCUAUUCCUUGCGCGUUAACCUCUCCGUGGCGAUUGUGGCCAUGACGGAUCGCAAUGCCAGCAACCCGGACUUUCCUGAGUUCGAGUGGAACGAGAGCGUUAAGUCCUACCUGCUGAGCAGCUUCUUUUGGGGUUACGUCGUCACACAGGUACCAGGUGGCUAUCUCUCGGCCAUCUAUGGUGCCAAGUAUAUGCUCUUCUUUGGAGUGCUUGUAUGUUCCUGCCUCGCCCUGCUGACGCCCUUUUGCGCCAUUGCGGGUGGCUGGAAGACCGUAGUUGUUCUGCGUGCUAUUCAGGGUCUCUGCCAGGGUGUAAUUUUCCCCUCAACGCACACGUUCCUCUCGAAAUGGGCGCCAACCGAAGAGCGCGGCCGACUGGUAGGCUAUUGUUACUCGGGCUCACAGUUCGGUACGGUGGUAAUGCUCUCGGUGAGCGGUUAUAUUGCGUCUUCCUCGCUGGGCUGGCCCAGCAUCUUCUAUGUUCCUGGCUGUGUGGGCAUUUUGUGGUCGGGUGUGUGGUACUUCUACUGCUCAAGCACUCCGGCCCAGCAUCCAUCGAUAACGCCGGCUGAGCGUCGCUACAUCGAAUCGUCUAACCAGACACGCCGUCCAUCGGAUGUAGGACGCGAGAUGACGCCACGUCCGCACACGCCUUGGCGACGCAUUCUCACCUCCGGACCGUUUCUGGUGCUCGUGCUGGCUCAUUGUGCCAACAACUGGGGCUUCUGGACGCUGCUCACAGAGAUUCCCACGUUCAUGAAAAGCGUUCUGGGCAUGGACAUCAAGAACAACGGCCCGCUGUCGGCUCUACCCUACUUCGCCAUGAUACUGCUCACGUGCGUGUUCAUUUGGCUGUCGGAUGCAAUGAAGCAACGUGGCACAGUCAUUCCACUGGGUUUCUCCCGGAAGUUCUUCAAUACACUGGGCAUGUGGCUGCCCAUGCUCGCUCUGAUCGGUCUGGGCUACAUCACCGAGAGCGAGUCCAAUGUCCGUCUGGCCAUUAGCUUGCUCACCACGGCAGUGGCUACCAAUUCGGCUACAUAUUUAGGCUUCCACGUCAAUCACAUCGAUCUAUCGCCCAACUUUGCUGGUACUCUGAUGGGCAUCACGAACUGUGCAGCCAACUUUAUGAGCAUUCUGGCGCCGCUUAUUGUGGGAUUGAUUGUCUGGGAUGAGACGAAUCCCGCGCAAUGGCGAAUCGUUUUCUUCUUCACCGCUUUCGUUUACUUUAUGGGUAAUCUGCUCUUCAUGGUCUUCGGUCGGACCGGUGUCCAAGAAUGGAACACUCCAACAACAAGAACGCCAACGGCCACAUCUACUGAAGAGGGAGAAGCCUUUGAUGGGGAUCGGGCGCCGCUUAUCGAGGCUUGAAAGCGAAGAUGGGUCGAGCACGGAGUUGGGGAUUGGUUGUAAAUUGUGAAACUUUUGUACCUUAAACGGGAAGUGCAUUCCAUGGAAUUGAUUGAUCGCAACUAGCAUCGUAUUACUAGCUAUACACAUGACUAUAUUAUAUACACAAGGAUAUACUCUAUUUAUGUACAGAACAUAUACAAAUCCUAACAAAUUUCUCGCUUAGAUGUAA